AUGACUGCGCCCGAGCCCCCAAUGAGCUUGGAGGGCCAUUGCUCCGCAGUCCACGACAAUACUCUCUACGUCUAUGCCCCCGAUGGAUUCGCCUCGCUCUCCCUUGAACGAAACGCCAAUUGGACCACGCUAUCACCGGGCGCGAAAGUUACGGGGGCCGCAUGUGUCACCGCGGCAAUUGAGGGCGACAACGACAAUUUGGCUUUCUAUGUAGUCGGCGGGUCCGGCAACUCAUCUUACUCCGGUCUGCAGCGGUACUCGUACCAGGACCAGAUAUGGUCGCCAUUGAGUGGUUCAUCGAACUUGAACAAUCUCCUCGGACAUGGCGUGGGUUAUCUUGAGGAUGCGGCUACCAUUUUAGUAUAUGGCGGGAGCCAGAAUUCUGAUACGGCCUCCCAAUUGACCUAUGAGCUAUCAACAUCCUCCCCUUAUGACACAGAUUCAAAAGUGCCUCAAGGUGUUCCCUCAGCAGCUUCGCCGAUGCUGUUAAAGUGGAAUGAAUCAGCCCUUGCUUUGGUCGGUGGCUAUACCUCCACAACUGAGGUUUACCUCUAUGCAAAUACAACUGGUUGGGUAGCUUCUGGAGUAACACUUCCAAGCAACAUCUCGUCAGAAACCGGUCGCUUCGCUAUCUUGAGCGAUGACGAAGGUAACAAGAUCCUGGAGGACUUCGACAUGGACGUCUCGCCGAAUACUAUCACCAGCUAUGAAAUCAUAAAAGAUGGGAUUGCCUUGGCCGCCUCUGUCGUUGGAUCUUCCUCUACAAAACGGAGCUUGAGCAACUAUCCCUCUUACAACAGCACAAAUGCCGGAACCACGAUACGUUCCGACUACGCAAUUGCUCAAAGCAGUGAUGAUUUGGUUGUCAUCUCCAGCGGCAGCGGCAACAACUCAGUGUCCAUAUUCAAUCAAACAUCCAAUAGCUGGACCAACACAACAGAGCUCUUUUAUGGCAGUGGCACACAGAAGGUUCUACACUCAACUACCACGACCACCACAUCUAGCACACCUACAGCCACAGCCACAGCCUCUUCUACCGCGUCGACCACACCGAGCUCAUCCCCGACUGCUGCUGCCGCUGCUGCUGCUUCCGACAGUUCCGGUGAGCAAGUCGGCGUAAUCAUUGGUGCUACCCUUGGAAGUAUUUGCGGUGCCAUCAUCAUCUUAGUUGCUAUCCUGGUGCUUCUUCGCCGCAAAAGAGAGCAACAUAAUCCAGAGGGCGAAAGGAAGGGCGGAGACGGAAAAGAUCGCCUGAGUUUCCAAGAUCAGGGAAUAGAACCCCUGACUGAAGGAGCUUACCCCAUGGCAAAGAGCCCUGUCCCAGUCGCAACGAUAUCUGAUGACUCACUUGCUAUCAUGUCGGGCAGGUAUGCAGGAGAGAAAGCCCUGAGGGCUCCCAACCAGAGCUAUGGAUACGGGCUGGGCAAGCAAGGUCUAUCUCCCAUUCCGUCUAGUGGAUUGGCUCCAUCAAGCAUGUACUCCGAUGACUCGGACCGAUCUGCCGCAGUCGCCGCUGCAGUCGAGGCUAUCUCUAGCCCCGGAAACAAGCCUGGGGAUCGAACCACCGAUGAGGGAUGGGGCAAGUACUUUGAUGACAAUCGCGCGACGAACCUUGCUGGAAUGCAGUCCGACCGCUCCACCAUGAGCUCCGCGUACACCAAAUCAGAUUACCGUGGUAGUACCGCCUGGCCAAUGUCCAACCUCGCUCCGUUAGAUUUCGGUUUCCUUGACCAACCGAAGCCGCUUGGUCAAGUCAAUAGUGGCAGUCCCACAACAGAACUUGGUGGUCACACUGGGCGCAGCUUAUUCAUUCCCGAAAGCCAAUCUGCCCGAAUUUCCAGUGCCGACUCAGUUAGCAUCGCCUCAGACGACGACCCGCACGAUACAAACUGGACUGGUGCAGGUCACAGCAGUUGGCUAGGACGCCCGAGCAGCAGCAACUACAGCAACAGUUAUUACGGCGCAAGUAACACAAAUCUCCCGGCGACGAACUCCCAAACUUUCGCACGCAACUCCAAUGCUCGCAAAUCCAGCGUCAUCAUACCCGACAACAUUGACGAGCUUCCGCCUUCUGGGAAUUACAAUUCCGAUAUGAGCUGGCUCAACCUCCACGCCGAACGCUAA